AUGGGGCUGAUUGCCAUUCUAAUUAGGCUCACCUCACGCGGUGCCGUCUUUUUCUCACACAAGCGAGUUGGGUUAAACAACGAACUAUUUGUUAUCCACAAGUUUCGGAGUCUCCAUGCGGAUACCCCGUCCUAUUCCGAGAAAUCUGGUGCAAUAGACGACAAACGCAUUACACCGGUCGGCAGAUGGCUCCGUAAAACGAGUUUAGAUGAGUUGCCCCAACUUUUCAAUGUGCUAAAAGGCGAAAUGAGUUUGGUGGGUCCGCGUCCAGAAAUGCCAUUUCUUGCUGAGCAUUAUGAGCCGUGGGAAAAUCAACGCCAUCUCGUCCGUCCCGGGAUGACAGGCCUCUGGCAGUUAAGUCCGCGCCGACAAGGCACAAUCCGAGACGGCAUCUCUGUUGACUUGGAGUACAUUGAGAAUCUAUCUUUCUGGAACGACUUUAAAAUACUCCUCCGAACUUUCAAAGUCUUUUGGGAUAAUAACACCUAUUAA